AGCCAGCAUAUAGCACUAAUGAACUUCAUUGCUGCUGUUUAUAAUGCGUUCAUUAUGAAAAUACUCUGGAUGCUGAUUAUAGUCCUACAUCUAUAUUCAUUGCAAGUAAUCGCGAAACCGGUUCGGACAUCACUAUGUACUAAUUAUUGCAAUUUAUUACAUUCUGGAUGGCAUAUAACCUGGACGAAUUGCUACUGUUUUCCCCAAAAAAACAACAUUGAAAAGAAAAUAAAAAAUGGUAAAAUAAAACGAACUCCAUUAGGGGAGCAAAAUAAUGAUGCCCAUAAUUUUGAUAAUAACUUUUAUAUAAAUGCAGAUAAUUUAUCAGUAUGUAUUGAUUUACAUAUUCUGCUUGAAAAUCUAAAUAAAAUUAGAAACGAUUUACCAUCAAGCGACUUCAAAAAAGAUCCUGAAUACAUAGAUGUUGACGAAAUACACAGAGCAAUUGCAAAAAAUUGUGAUCAGAUUAGCACGAUUAUACAAAACAGUAUUACUGAAAUAAAAAGCAACUUAAAACCUGAAAGGAAAAUAAAUAAAUUGGAUGAUAAUAAAGAACCUCAAACAGCAAGAAGUAUCGUCUCUCACCAAACUCCAAGCGAUUACAGAAACCCUACUAUUGCUGUGGAUUCUACAUAUGAAGCGAUUAAUUAUAGUAAUUUUAUCACAACAACUGAAUACAUGGAAUUAAUAAAGGACAACUCAAAGGAAUUAAAUUUAUCAGAGGAAAAUACGAUUCAAAAAGGCAGUACAGUGGGAUCACCCUCAUUAUCAAAUAAAGAAAGUAAUAUAACAUUUAAAAAAUCUGACAAAAACAAAACGCAACUUACAAAAACUGAACAUACUAAAAACUCAACAAAUGUCAAAAUUUCCACUGAAGCAACUACAAAUAAAAGUAUUAUUUCAUCUAAUUAUCUAGCUACAGGAAAAGAAGGGAGCCAAGCCGUGAAUUUUAAGAACACUUCCAUUUUAAACAAUAUACCGCAAAGACAAAAGUAUGAUGAAAGCAGAUCAUAUAUCAUAAAGUUAAUUACGCAAGAGCUUUCUAAUGGAACAGUUUUAAGUUUCAUAAAUGGAACCGAAAUAUUAUCGAGAAACGACAUUGACGACAUAACUUUACAAACAGAAGUAUCGCCUAAAAAUAACGCUGCGAAAUCAACACCUUAUGAUUUUGAAGAGCAAAAUUUGUUUGAUGUUCCACUGACUAGUAUUACCAACAGGCUCUACAUUAUAUACGAAGAAAAACGUAUACCAUGACAUUUAGUGCAAUUUCAAAUUAAGUGAAAUUUUGGGAUUGGUUUGAAAUUUUUUUGGUAUGAGAGAUGACAAACAAAAAAAAUUUAAUCCUUUCUAUUUACUUUGUCAUAUUGAAUCUAUGAAUACAAAUGAGUAAAUAUUUUUUUUUCUAUAAUCAAAUUUUAAGGAGAUGAACAAUUACAUGGGCUUUAGAUGCUGUUGUUUAAGAUCGUGUCUUAUCUAUAUAAAAAUAAAAAGUUUACGCGUAGGUUUCUAGAUGUCAAAUUCGUAAUUUAAGAAACGAAAGGAUGUAAGCCACAAAAAUUUACUUCCAUUAAAAUAGGUAGACUGCAUAACUCCACAAAUCAGGGUAAAAAUAUUUUCAUAUAGAUAAAAUCCCACAUGAAAUAUUAUAUUUAGUCAAUGGUCGCGUUUGUCCAAAACAGCUGAAGUAAAGGAGAGUUCAUGGAAAUAAAACAGAAUUGGUGUCACGAUUACGGAAGAGUAAAAUUUUUUAUAUUUUAAUUUAGGUGUACCUUAAAUUAUAAACAUGUUUUUAUUCAUUUCCAUUAGUUUUUAAGUUUGGUGUCCAAUUCAUCUUUUUUGUGACUUUUACUCCUAUUAGGAACAAUUAGGGAUUGUUUCAAAGUUAAACGCAUUUCUUUAAUAUUGCCUCAUAAAAACAAUAGUUUUGCUGAUGCCGUGGAAUGUUGAAACUAAAUUCGUUCAGGAGGUCUUUGUAGUAAAAACGCAAAACUUGAAAUUUAAGUAAAUAAACUGUACACUAUUCAUGUAAAUCAAUUAAACUUCUUCAGAAAUCCA